AUGCCUACGACAUUAAUUUUUACCUCUUUUUUCCUGGCCUUAUUAGGUCUCUCCCUGCAACGAAAACACCUUCUUUCACUCCUACUAACCUUAGAAAGUAUGGCCCUAGCAUUAUAUGUUUCUACCGCACUAUGAGCCUUAAACAACACAUCCCUCCCAAUUAUAGCAGCCCCACUUAUCAUCUUAACCUUCUCAGCCUGUGAAGCUGGUAUGGGUUUAUCUCUAAUAAUUGCAACAGCUCGCACUCAUAAUACUGACCAACUAAAAGCACUAAACCUACUAAAAUGUUAA